ACCAUUCUUUGUGUACCUUUUCACAUAAUAGCAAAACAGAGUGUAGUCUAUGGAGUGAGUGGUGUUUUAUAUUUGUCAAUUUUAUGACGCUAAAUACGUAAAUGUGUGAAAUUCAGGAUUAUUCUAUUGAGCAUAAGGAUAUUUAUAUGAAUAAAUAUUCGACGUGCUUAGACAUGGAUUUGUACAUCACCGACUCACUCCAAGACAUGCUGGACAUGGAUAUAAAGAAUGAAAUAGCAACGGAUCUAAGCAGUAUAACAGACUUCCCAGACACGCUAGGCUUAAAUUUCUCCGAAUUGCCACCGUUAUUAGACAUGGACACAGAUAACUCUGUAACAUGGCUAAACAAUUCAUCAUCAAGCUUUGUACAUAAUCUCGAUUUGUAUGGCUCAGAAGCGAAUGCCGUUAUGGUGAACCCGAAUUCGGUUAUGCCAUCAUCAUUCGCAGAAACGCCAGUCAAAAGUAUCGUUAAAGAAGAGGCGUCAAAUCUAUUGCUGACAUCAGCCGCUAGCAAUGAUCUCAACAACAGCAUGGCUUUGUACAGUCCAAAGAAAGAAAAAAGUCAUUUAACGUUCUCACCGAACGCCAUAAAGGUUUCUAAGGUCCAAGAAGCAGAAGAACCUCCACCGAAAAAGGCCAUGGAAGAAGCUACACAAAUGGUCAUUUAUGUUAGGAAGCAAGAUAAGGCUGUUGUGAAAGACCUGUUAAAGGAUUUAGACACCAGUAAAAUGAAGUCAGUGACUACACCGACGGUGACGCCUACAGUGCGAAUAAAAAGCCAAUCGGACAUUUUGAAAGUGAAUAACAAAAACUGUUCCAUAUUAAAUAGUAGCCAAAAAAUAACGAAUUCAUUAGGAACCAAAACUAUCAUAUCUGGUAAUAUACGCAUACUGGAUGCACAGCAGUCUAGGACAAUUUUAGCUAAUGGUCACAAGAAUCAGGCGACAAUCUUAAUCGAUAAUUCGUCUCUAAAUAGCAGUAGACAACUAAUUAAAACGUCAGUCACUAAUGCGUUCACAGUUGAUACUAGCCAAGCGAAAUAUGUAAAUAAUUCUAAUAAAACAGUCGUAGGAGAGUUUCCCAAACCAGCGUAUUCCUACUCUUGUCUAAUUGCGAUGGCGCUAAAGAAUUCUAGAACAGGAAGCUUACCAGUUUCAGAGAUUUACAAUUUUAUGUGUCAGCAUUUUCCGUACUUCAAAACAGCACCCAAUGGAUGGAAGAAUUCCGUUCGGCAUAAUCUAAGUCUAAAUAAAUGUUUUGAAAAAAUUGAGAAACCCUCGACGAAUGGAAGUCAAAGAAAAGGUUGUUUAUGGGCUAUGAACCCUUCAAAAGUGGGCAAAAUGGAUGAAGAAGUUCAAAAAUGGUCAAGAAAAGAUCCACAAGCUAUCAAAAAGGCAAUGGUAUAUCCAGAAAGUCUCGAAGCGUUAGAAAGAGGGGAAAUGAAGUACAGUGGGUUUGGCAGCGACAACGAUGUCGACGACGAUGUGGACGCGGAUGCCGACACCGAGCUCGACGCUGACUUCGAGAUGGACCCUGAGGUGAAGGAAGAAGAAGAGACUGUUAUUGAACAGGAGGUGUCUGACCAGGAGCUGGAGGUGGAGGAAGUGGAAGGCACCGGCAUGGUGGGGGGAACCUACCGGCUGCUGGCGACGGGACCCACCGGCCCUCUCUCGUCCUACAUCACGGACAUCGAGUCCGGCGACGACAUUAGCGACAUCGAGGUGCUGGACCAUUCGUAUGAAGAGAUCGACAUUGAUGUCACAAAACGGGUCAAACUAGACUUAUCGCUUACAGAAAAUUAUACAUUACACCCAGCGAAACGGGCAAAGACAAGCUUCAUUUAUCAGCCAGUUACAACGCAAUCUCAUACGAGCAGGCGAAAAACGCCUCUCGUCAACCGAGUGGCCCUCGUCUAAAGACUUUAUAUUGAAACACUUGUGUUAUACUGAAGAAUCUAAUGUUAGUGAUACAUUAGGCGUAGCGUAGUUUACCCAGUGACUGUAAUAAUUGAAGUGAAGUGCAAAACAAGUGACCCCCAUAACAGAAGGAAAAUUUAGUGGUAAGUUUAUACUAGAAUAUAUCUGUGUAAUAUAUAUGUAUCUCUAUAAUUCUUGUUAUUUCACCUGACACCUCUAAACUUAUAUUCUAAUAGUGUAUUGUCUAUGAAUGAUAAAGGUGACAAGUCAAUCUUCAUAGACUAUACAAGCAUAGUUAUUGUGAUGAGGUGCCAGAUGCCAAACAUUCAUAUACAUCUUGUUUAUAUAAAGAGCUCAACAUACACAUGAAUUGGUUGGAAUAUCCUCAACUGGUUUGAAACCUUGUAUUAUAUUCCAGAGGAGAUGGCGCCAGAUGUAAUCUAUACUUAAUAUUAUAAAGCUGAAGAACUUGUUUGUUUGUUUGAUUGAACGCGCUAAUCUCAGGGACUAAUGGUCCGAUUUGAAAAAUUCUUUCAGUGUAAGAUAGCCCAUUUAUCGAGGAAGGCUAUAGGAUAUAUAUUAUCACCGUAUUCUUACGGGAACGGGAACCACGCGGGUAAAACCGCGCGGCGUCAGCUAGUCCGUCUUAUGUAGGGACUAUUCCAUCCCAAGUACUGUGGUAUAAGACACAGGUUCAAUGAUGGUUUGACUUUUCCCCUCCUCUAAUAUUCCUGUAGCCUUCACAGACCUAAAUGGGUUUGAAGUAUAAAGUAAAGUUAAGUAUUUCACAAAUCAAGUUGCAUACAACAUCCUUCUAAGUAGUUGGAAGCUCACAGGAGGCGCUGUUAGAGACUAUGUUGUUUUAGUGCUAGGCUUCUCUGCAAAGCUUCUGAGCUCAACUAAAGUACCUGGUAACACACAGUUCCAUUAUGGAGCUUUCACCAAAUACUCAUCAGAAAAUUCCUGUUGUCUGUCUGUGGUUUCAAUAAAAUUUGGGUGGUGACUUCUUUAAAAAGCUCAUGAUUUAAAACUCCAAAUGAGUAUAGCAAGCAAAUGAGUUGAGCAUAUUCUUACUAACUUCAAUUCAAUGGAGCUGUUUGUCUAUUUAAUUAUUAUGGUGUCUAAUGCUCUCUUACACUGAUACUUACAAAUUUAGAUUGUCUCAUGGACAGGGGCGUAGCUAGCGCCUUAUCGGCCAGUAUUAAUGAUACGGGGCAUCCGGACUACAGGGGCCCAAAAGUAAAAAUUUGUAUAAAGUAAUCUAUAAUAUUACUUCAUCUGGUGGUGCUUCACGGAAAAAGAAAAACCAUAAAUAAACUGCAGAAGUGACAAAAAUAGUUUAUGGUGAAAUAGUUAGGGUAGAGUAAAUUAAAAACCAACUAGUUUUCAUACAAGGCACUAAGGCUCGCUAUGCUACUGCUCAUGGGUUUAUAGUAACUACAUUAAUAAAUGAAAUCAAUUGUUGUUUGGAAUCAGAGAUGGAUCUGCAUAUACUAGGGUAUUCUUUGGGUCACUGUUAUUUUUAAAGCAAAUUAGCAAAACAACAAAUUGAAUAAAGAUGUUAAUAUUUAACACAAUACAAUGUGUUUCCUUAGCACCCUUUUACGGAGAAAGUAAUAUGGGUAAAUAGAUAGUUUUAGGAUUCAGUGGUGUUUCCAAUACAAAAGUGUAACGCUAGAUUAUGGUUGGUAUUGAUAUGAAAGUGUAGUAGUGAAUAAUUGUAUUUGUGUGUGGUUUUACUAAAUGUUAAAACGAAAGUGAUAGUCUGUACCAGAUAAGUGUAUUUACGUUUUACGAAAUGGAACACUCGUUACAUAUCGUACACUGUAAAAAUAUGUUUUAUUCCUAAGUAAUUAGAAUGGAAUUAGUGAUAUUGAUUUUUUUUUUAACAUAACUUUGUCAUAGAUUUAUUUAGUUUUGUGUCUCGAAGUUGUAGAAUGUGUAGUGAUGAAUCUUAUUGGUUAUGAACCGUUCAGUACAAAACGUAUCUUGCUGCUCUACUGAUGCAUUUUGUGUCUCAUACGUCCACUAUACAUGAAUUAUAUUGUCAAAAAUUCAAAUAAAAUAGUAGAUUGUUAUAAAAGGGGCUAAAAAGACCCAUUACAUACGAGGUAUUUUUAGGGCACGAGCCGUAAAGCGAGGGCCGCUAAAUAGAAACCUAGUUUAUAAUGGGCUUAGCCCCGCGUGUUACACUGUAUUUUUCACUACGAUUGCGAGAAAAAAUAAAAAAAAAAAGAAUACGCAUUCCACAGAGAAAAAUGCUUCAUUUUGUUCCAAUUUAAAUUUUUUAUCAAACAUUCGGGUCUUACGUAAUAUAUACUAAUUAAAUAAAAAAACCUUCGUAAUAUAGAGGUCAUUAUUUUAGUAUGAUCAAACUAUUUACUAAUUAGAACUUUUUCGUUUUAUAGUGGGCUAGUACUUGUAAUAGACAAAAAUUAAAAAACAAAUUACUUUAGCCCCUAGAGUCUGAAAUGCUUGUUUAGCCUCGCUGUGGAGUGGUAAUAUGACAGUGUUUUUGAGCAAGUGUAGUGUAGUAACAACUUACGACAUUGAAAUAAAGUGUCCAGACUCAUAAUCAAAUGGAGUGUUUAUGCUUGUCUUGGCAAGCUCAUUCACUCCAUUUGCCAUUAAUUAGAAGCCAUUAGCAUAAAAAAUACUAAUCUAUGGGUUAGCUAACAACUUUGGGUAUUUUUGGUUAGGUAAACUAAUAUGACUCUGUAUAGUGGACUGUACUAACACGAAAACGUAAAUAUACCUAAGUACUUACAUUUCUUAUUCUUACGUACGUUAAUUUGACUUUUCAUAUUUUUCACAAUUAAAACUGUAAUAAAAAAGAAACAUCAAUUUUAUUUUUCACAAACUGAUUUUUUUAUUUAUUUUAUUGAUAGCUUAAUUAAAACUUGAAAAAUUUUACUGGCAAUUAAAUGUCAGUCAAAACUUAUAUUGAACAAAAACAUUGAAACAGAAAUUAAACUAUUCUUGUUUCAAGAAAUGUGUUAUCUGUUUUCGUUUCGUGUUUUUACCUUAAUAGGAGAUACAAAAGCAUGACUAUAGUAGCAAGAAUCGUAGCGGGUAUAUUAAUUAAAUCCCACCGCUUUGUAUAUAUUUACUUAAUAUUGUGCAUUUUAUAUGUUGACGCUGGCAGCUUCGACUCUGUCAUACAAAUAUUUGAGCCGAUCUACUAUUUUGAAUUCCCCUUGAAUUUUCCCAUACAUUCAAAUAAUGUAUGGGAUUGUUCGAUGCGAGAAAAUAAUUUUAUAUCCAAGAGAUUAGAUUCAUAUUAAUAUUUGAAUACAUUUGUUUUGGUAUUAUGCCAAAACUUCAUUUUAAUAGGAAUAUCGGCUCAGAUCUAUUGAGUAAGUAAAGUAAACAACUGAUUUUACUACAAACUGUAUAAAAACAUGAUAUAUAUAAUUUUAUGUAUGUAAUAUUGCAAGGUACCAACUGAACCAGAUAGUAUGGUGUCGAAAUAAACCAAUCUAUAGUACAAAUUAUACUACUAUAUAAAUUGUACUGCAGAUUCCUGUAAAGUAUGAGUUUUUUGCUGCAACAAAAAAACUGUUUAAAUUUUGAAAAUUCAUUACAAUUUAUUUAUUUUAACCAGAUCAGAUUUAUCUUUACCGAAAUAUCUCAAAGCACCGUUAUAUAGGGUGUCCCGUAAAUAUUACAACAUACUUUACAGGCGAUAGCUGACAUCAAGACCUACUAAAAUAGCAAUUUAAGUAAGCUGAAAUUUACUAAAUUUCACUGAAGGUACUUAUGUAUAUUUUGUACAAAAAUCAAUAUGACUUAAAAUCCGUAAAACUUCGGCUAACAUAAUAUAUUGCGUUAUUUUAGUAGUCUAUCUAUCUAUCGGCCUUGAUGUCCGAUAUCAGCCUGUAUUUCGUACUAUUUACGGGACACUCUGUAUAUAUAAUAGUGAGAACUAAUCUACUAGAUGACACUAUGGUAUAUGAUUAUUGUCUUUGGUUUAUGUUAUUUUAAUGAUUAUGUAAAUGUUUGUUUUUAUCACCAUUUUAUUUUGCGUUUUUUAAUUAAAAUGGGUUUUUAAAUACCUAAACCCACGCAAGGGAUAAAUGCUGUUUGUAUCAUGAAAAGAGGUUAUUUUUAAUCAAAAAUAUCAUGGUGUCUUAAUUUUACUGUAAAAAACCUAUUAUGUUUAAUAAGUUUAAUUCAAAAUUUGUUUAUGUGCUUGGACAUUAUAAAUUUAUUUGUCUGGGCAUAUAAUUGGUGCAAAUGUCUAGUAGAAUUGGUUGUGAUUUUUCUUUUUUGAUAGUAAAAUUAAUGAAAUUUUCAAUGAUUACAUUGUAAAUUUUAUAGUUAUAUUGCAUUUAUAGUUGUAGUGCAAGUAAAAUUGUAAGCUUUUAAAAGGUCACACAAAUACUGAUAGCAACUACAGUAAUCUUAUAUAAUAUCUCAGAACUAAAAAAUUUGGUUAAUACUAACAUAUAUAUAUAUACUAUAUUAACAAUCGAAUAGGUUAUUUGUUUUUGAUGUUGAGCAAAUUUUUUUUUUAAAUUAAACUUACCUUUGUGAUAUCGCCAAAUUGAGUGAUAUAUAUGUUAAUUACGUACUAUACUAUAGUAGUUCUAUUAUAUCUAAAUUGUUUUACCUGUCACCUCAACACAUGCACACAAUGUGAUUGUGUAGGUGUGUAAAUGUGUUGAGAUUGACGGCCUCCGUGGCGCAGUGGUAUGCGCGGUGGAUUUACAAAACGGAGGUCCUGGGUUUGAUCCCCGGUUGGGCAGAUUGAGAUUUUCUUAAUUUGUCCAGGUCUGGCUGGUGGGAGGCUUCGGCCGUACCUAGUUACCACCCUACCGGCAAAGAAUAAAAAAAAAUUGCCAGGUAAAAAUAAAUUAUAAAUAAAGUAUCUUUUCAUCAUUAUCAGCCUAUUGUAACACUACAGGCCUCCCACCUUAUAGGAGAGGGGGCAGUAACUUUUAAAUCAUUUAGAAAUGGUGGAUAUAAUCAAUCUUAAGUGCUGGUUUUUACAAUUUUUUUAAAUAACUGUAAUUUUGACAAUUAAAAAUGUUUACUAAAAUCUUAACAAAACUUUGUCAGAAAUAGGCUAUAUUAUAAUUUUCAAAAUGGUUAAAUAUGUAUUGAAAAUCUGUGAGUUUUCUUCCUAUUAAUUUUUAGGUUAAAUACAUAUUAGGUAACGAAUAACCAAAUUAUGUGGUUCCAAAAUUGGUGAGAUAUGGUAGAAAAUGUAUUUUAUAGCGUGAAAACUAAAUUGCGAAUUGUGUUGUAAUAGUUGUAGUAAUUAUUUCAAAGGUAUUAUAAAAUUAAUUCACUGUGUAAAAAUGUCGGGCAAGUGUGAGAAUGUUUGUAGAAGCUUGGACGAGGUAAUGAGGUAUCAGAAUGGUAUUGUUAUUUUAUUCUAUGGUAAGGAAUAAUACCGUAGACAUUAAUCCACAAACAAGAUAAAUCAUCCAAAGUGUAUAGUCCUUUUCAUGAAAGAAGUCCCCCAGACUCGGCGCUAAUGUUUUAAUGUCAUUUGGUAAUGGCAGUCAUUUGUGUGAGGCGCUGUCAAUUUUAGUUCAGGUUUUAAUCGCGGGACUUAUUUCAUGAAAAGACUUAAAAUAAUUCUACUGUACAGUAAAGAUAAAUGGAUAAAUAAUAUAAUGCGCCUCAAGUAACAUUGUCGCUCUGAGAUUUUCCUUUAGAAAUCCGCGCAUUCUUAUUUUAGCACUCUAUAGUAUUCGCCAAACUUCUAGCCCAUUCUGAUAAUCCAACUGCGUAGUCUGGCAAGUUCGUUGAUAACACUCCCAUAAUAUGCGGGCGACAGGGGGAAAGACUGCGGGUGUGAUAUCGUGCGUACGGGGAAGUGACGUGCAUCAGUCGUUGGUUUUUCAUUCAUCGCUACACGCCCCCUGGCCCGCGCGCAACAUCGGGAGUGUUACAAACGAAGUUGCCAAGCUAUAGCUGGAAAUAAAUGAAUUUUUCGUACUUUGCAUAAGUGUACGCCUCGUGUUCAGAGCGAACUCGAAGUUUGACUCGUACAUAUAGGCGCUAACUUCAGAGUGGUAUACUUAUUUUAUGCAAACUUAAACAAGUAUGUAUAUCGAUUUGUAUAGCUUAGCAAGUUCGUUGAUGACACUCCCAUGAUAUGCGGGCGACGGGGGGAAAGGAUUGCGCGGGUGUGAUGUUGUGCGCGCGGGGUAUCGCUACCCCUCCCGGCUCGCGCGGACCAUCGAGAGUGUUACAAACGAAUUUGCCAAGCUAUAGUUUGGUAGAAGGAUGACAUAUAAGUUAAUUAACAAAAGUAGACUGUAGCGGCUCGAUUAAUAAUUAUAAUGUUAAAAGUAAAGAAAAUAGACAUUAUUCCUUAGUACCUACUUCAAAAUUAAUUUUGGAAAUAAAUUAGAAUAGUUUUAUGUUCGAUAGUGUGCAAUUAUGUAAAUACAAUCUCUAUAUUAGAUGAUUACUAGAAGGAAACCUUGCUUACAAUUUACUAACGCUUUAAUAUAAAAUUAAGUGCUAAUAAAGUAAAUUAUCACUUAUUACAGCCAAUUAAAUUUUGCAAUAAGUAAAGUCUUACACCAAUAAUUAAUACUUAAUGAUCAUGUUUACACAAUAGAUGAAUAGUUGAUAAUAAUAUUCUGUAUCAUAUUAUUAUAAACGAGAAAAUUUGUAUUUUUCCACUGCCAGUAUUUCAACAUCCAUAAUGAAUAAGUAUUUAGUGCAUAUAAGGGUAGAAAAUAGUUUAGUUUAGUAGAUUUAGAAUUAAGCAAGCUAAGUUGAAUGAUUUUUAAUAAUUUUUUGGUAAUAAAAAUGAUUAAGAACG